AGUCCCUGGACAUCUGGCUGUUUGUACCUUUUGCAAGAGUCAAUUUUGCUCAGUAGGAGCAGUCAGACACAGCUUUUCAGGAGCAAGAAACACCAGCUCAUAUCGUGGACUACUUUAUCUUUCAGGGAACCAGGAGCUCAGGAUCAUGUCGGGGAAGCCCAGGCUUACCUACUUGAACGGAAGGGGCCGGAUGGAACCCAUACGAUGGCUGUUGGCAGCAGCUGGUGUGGAGUUUGAAGAAGUUUAUUUGGAAACAAAAGAGCAGUAUGACAAGUUAAUCAAAGGUGGAUUCCUGCUCUUCCAGCAAGUGCCCCUGGUUGAGAUCGAUGGGAUGAAGAUGGUGCAGACCAGAGCCAUCAUGAGCUACAUAGCAGGGAAAUACAAUCUCUAUGGGAAAGACUUGAAGGAGAGAGCCCUGAUUGACAUGUAUGUGGAGGGAAUAUCAGAUCUGAUGCAAAUGAUUUUGAUGUUUCCUUUCUCUCCACCUGAUGCAAAGGAGAAAAAUCUUGAGUCAAUUAAGGAGAGAGCAACUAACAGGUACUUUCCCGUCUUUGAAAAGGUUUUGAAACAACAUGGCCAAGACUUUCUUGUGGGCAACAAAUUCAGCUGGGCAGAUGUUCAGCUAAUGGAAGCCAUUUUAGCAGUGGAGGAGAAAGUUCCUGAUGUGCUCUCAGGGUUUCCUCAGUUGCAGGUGUUUAAAACCAAAAUGAGCAAUAUGCCUACAAUUAAGAAGUUCCUGCAGCCUGGCAGCCCAAGGAAACCCCCACCAGAUGCCCAUUAUGUAGAAACUGUGUUGAAGGUUUUUAAGAAAUGAAUUCCUUGCCACCUUUGAUGAGACCCAAAAUGCUGGGAGAGCAGGAGAAAGCAGAGCAGCAACCCCAAACCCUAAAUCAAAGGAGAAGGAAGCUCAACAAAUUAGUAUUGUUUUAAUUAAAACCAGUGCUAGAGGAACAAAGCAACCCAUACCAAAAAUAAAGCAUUCUGUUACACUGGCAA